GAACGCCCACCCUCCGCUCCUCUGCACCCGGCCCCAAUCUGUUUGCGUGUCCGGACCACGCCGACCUCACCCAUAUUCGGAACGAGAUUACAGGGGAAAUUGCAGUUCGCCUAUUCGGCAUCCCACUAGGAAAACAAGGCCCUUUCUAGGUCGUGAUGGCUCUGCCCAGGACCCAGUCCUUGCUUCUGCUCUUGGUACUGGCCUUGCUGGGGCUGGGGCUAGUGCAGCCCUCCUUCGGCCAGGACCGAAUGUACCAGCGGUUCCUGCGGCAGCAUGUUGACUCUCAGCAGACCGGUGGCAGUGACAGCUACUGCAACCUGAUGAUGCAGAGACGGAAGAUGACUUCUCACCAGUGCAAACGCUUCAACACCUUCAUCCACGAAGACAUCUGGAACAUUCGUAGCAUCUGCAGUACCACCAAGAUCCAGUGCAAGAAUGGCCAGAUGAACUGUCACGAGGGUGUAGUGAAGGUCACAGACUGCAGAGAGACAGGGAGCUCUAGGGCUCCUAACUGCAGAUACAGGGCCAGCGCCAGCACCAGGCGGGUUGUCAUUGCCUGCGAGGGUGACCCAGAGGUCCCGGUGCACUUUGACAGAUAGAUGCCAUUCUGCAGCUGCUACAGCUAGUAACUGCAGUUGGCUUCGGAGGAAGUGACGAUAGCAAUGAGGGAUGCAUCGAAGGCCUCGGGCUUCGUCCCCAUUGCUCAUGCCGUAUACCCAUGUAUGCCCAGUAUAACUCAUUGUAUUCAAUGGGGAAGAGGGAAACCUCUCCUCACAGCCUGACUCCCCGAGUAUCCUCUGACUCUUGCAUCACCUGUAUUUAGACAGUAUUACAACUAUUACAAAGUGCCUUCCUUGUUUAAGCUGUCUCAUCCCAGUGCCCUAACCCCCUACCCCAUGCCUAUUCUGCUACUUUAUUCAGAACUUUUAGAGUUAAAGACUUUGAAGACCAUGAAAGCAUUGAAAGUUCUCAGAUGAAAAUCCAACUGAGGGCUGGAGCGAUGGCUCAGCUGUUAAGAGCACUGGUUGCUCUUCCAGAGGUCCUGAGUUCAAUUCCCAGCAACCACAUGGUGACUCACAACCAUCUGUAAUGAGAUCUGGUGCCCUCUUCUGACCUGCAGGCAGAACACUACACACACACACACACACACACACACACACAUAUAAAUCUUUAAAAAAUCCAACUGAACCUGUUCCGCACACAGGACUUUACCUACUUCAUUAUGUAUGUUUUCUGUUUUCUAUUAUUCCUAAAUGUCAUCCUUAGGAAAACCAUCAAGAAUUUGGAAAUAACAUGCCAACAAAUUGAAAGAUAUGAGUUGUUUGGUAUUAUUAAUUAUGGUUUGUGGCUACUAAGAUUUUUUAAAUGCUAUAUCAAAAAAGAUAGUAGAUAACCAAGAUUUUUUUUAUCCUCCUUCAUUUGAAAGAUUUUCUGCAUUAUCAUUAUAAUAAAGAGUUUGUCAGCUGAA